CGAAUGGGGACGAAAUUGGAGGAGCUGAUGGCUAGACCGUGUAUUCUUAGAUCAUGGUAUACAAUAUAGAUCGUAUGCGCAUAUCUGAUCUGUAUAUCUGAAUGAUCUGAAUAGAUCUAUCUUUACGGUGGAAUGAUGUUUUUCCUGACUCUUCAAUGUUGAUAUUAUUUUAUAGUGCACUUGGCACUUGAUAUUUUCUGGAAAUCCUAUAUUUCAAUUUAGUGCCCAUACAAGAUUAGCUGUGUUUAGAGAGCUGAAAGAAAUAUCAGAAGCGUGACUGAUUAUUUGAAAUGAACAAUAUUUUUAAAAUAAAGUUUGCUCUAAUUAACGUGAGCUUUGUAUAAGACGAGAAUUUCUGAUCGAAAAUGCAGCAAAAUAAUUCACGGUCUAUUCUGAAACUUGUACUAAAGAAAGACUUUUCAUCAAUUCAAGCCCAGGGCCCACAUGUUAACAAAGUAAUCGAAAAUGUAUCUGCUGCAAUUCAAAAAAUUGAGCGUAAACUUUGUCGCCUCUGUGCUAAGUUAAAGCCUGUUGAGUCUCUGUUCCCAUUUUUUGGUACAGAGUAUGAGCAGGUUAUUAACAAAUUAUUGUCUUUUGGGCUUUGUAUAAAAAAAGAUGACGGAUUACCAUCCGCAAUUUGCCAAACUUGCUCCAGAAAAUUAUGGAACUGUAGAGAAAUAGUUGAGAGUUUUAUCGAAGCUGACAAAAGGUUGACAAAGUUGUUGCCUUCAGUUAAAGUCUCCGGCGCUACCAAUAUAUCUAGUUUGAGCAAAGAUACAAAGUCUGAUGAAGUUCAAAAUAAUAAAAUAGUGUUAGUAAAAAUAAAGCAAGAAACCUCGGAAAUGUUAUGUGAAGAAGUAGCUGUUGAAAAUCAAGUACAAUUAGUGUCAGAACGUUUUAUUCAUUCGGAGAUAGAAAUAAAAGAUGAAAUGGCGGAAAUGUAUUCAACUGAUACUGAUUCCUUAAAUGACAUCAUUAAUAAUGACUACGAUGAAGUUGUGGUUAAAGACGAAUAUAAUGAAAUUGAAAUGAUAGAAAAUGAAGAAAUAAGCAAUGGAGAUGCUUUACUAGACGAAUUGGAUGUUAAGGAGGAGACAAACGAAUCUGACGAUCUUAAAGUUCAAGACAAGGUGGAAAUUGAAACAUCUGAUACUUUCAUUGCAAAUCUUCCUGCACUCGAAAUCAGGGAUAAAACAAACCAAGUCCCUUCACUGAACAGAAAUCAAAAAGUCAAAGAAGCGCAGCCAGAUAUACUACCCGAAAAAUCUAAGGAUAGAUAUGAGCUGGCUUUCGCGAAAUUUGACAAUUGGAGAAAACUAAACAAAACAGAAGAAUGUUCGGAUAAUGAUAUAAUUCUUGCAUAUUUCAAUCAACUUGGAAAGAACCGAGCCCCAUCCAGUUUGUGGACGUACUAUUCCAUGUUGAAAUCAACUUUGUACGCCAAAGAAGGCAUGCGCUUGGAGCAACAUUAUCAGCUGCAAAAAUUUCUGAAAAACAAAAGCAGGGGGUACGAGCCCAAGAAAGCCAAAUGUUUUUCACCGACAGAAAUCCUAAAAUUUAUAAGAGAAGCGCCAGACGAUGUUUAUCUGCUGAAAAAAGUGACAGCCAUUUUUGGUCUGUAUGGAGCGACUCGAGGAUGUGAGUUAAAAAGCAUGAAAAUUCAACACGUCAAACAACAAGGUGACUUGCUCGUAGUGGAUAUUCCGAAAACAGAAACCGACAAGUCCCGUCGUUUCACCGUCAACGAGACGCACGCCCCCCUAGUGAAAAAGUACAUAGCUUUGCGUCCUCGCGGUACGACCUCGGACAGAUUCUUUUUGAAUUACCAGCAUGGCAAGUGCACGAUUCAACCGUUGGGAGUACACAAAAUCUCAGCCUGUCCAUCUGUCAUCGCAGAAUAUUUGCAACUUGACGAACCAAAAAAAUACACGGGUCACGCUUAUCGCAGAACAUCAGCAACUUUUUUAGCCGAUCCUGAGGGCGUCGAAAUUUCAGAAUAAUGUCACGGAGGAUGGAAGCCGUCCAAGGAUAUAUCGAAAAUUCACUCCAGCACAAAUAGACGAUGAGCGAGAUGAUCAGAUAUGAAAUUACGGCACCCCGUGUAAAGACGUGCCUAACACUACUUGUAAUGAAUAAAAUCGCUACAGUGGGUACAAAUCCCCAGCCAGGAAUUGCGUGGGUUGAAUUAUUUGAGUGCUGUGAUUGCAAGAAGCGAUAUAUUACUAAAGAGGCAGUAAUCUCGCAUAUA